UUGCUGCUUCUCCCUGCCUGGGCUCGUGUCUCCCUUUCCCCCCUGCAAUCUCCGGUGUUAGUUUUACGUGCUGGUGCGAAACGGGUGCUCAUUCUUCCUGCUCUCUGAUCCCCAGGGCUUGAGUCAUGUUUCUUUCUCCUCAGGCUUCCAGUUUUCUGAGUGUGUUAAGGAGUUUUACUUGUUUCCUUCUCUUUACUGCCUUCCCCCAAAGAUCCCCGUGGGCAGGAAGGAAGGAGAAGACCCCCCCCCCCUUCACUCUGCAAGCACGUCUCUGAACGCGGUGAUUUUGCAGAUUUCUAGCAUGCCUGGAAGGCUGAGCUUUCAGAUACCGGAGUGACGUGCAGUUUUUGAAGGCUGCUGUGCUUGUUCUUAUCUGUGGCUGUUGAUCCUGUGACAAAGCGUGAAGAUCUUCAUGUAACUGGAUGGAAAAUGGUUCUGCAAGAUGGCAACUCUAACACUGCUAAAUGGAGACUGUCUUCACUUUGACAUGAUGUGUGAAGUUUGUUAGCAUUUUUUUCUUUGUUUUUACAGUUACCAGUGAAAGGUUACAAAUGGUGUGGGUUUUUGUCAUGAAUCGAAUGAGCUCCCAGAGCAGUUCAUCCACUCAGCGUAGGCGAAUGGCUCUAGGAAUUGUCAUUCUUCUCCUUGUUGAUGUGAUAUGGGUUGCCUCUUCAGAACUCACUUCUUAUGUUUUUACAAAGUACAACAAACCUUUUUUCAGUACAUUUGCAAAAACAUCCAUGUUUGUUCUAUACCUCUUGGGAUUUAUUGUUUGGAAACCAUGGAGGCAACAGUGUACUCGUGGGUUUCGUGGAAGGCAUGCAGCUUUUUUUGCAGAUGCUGAAGGUUAUUUUGCUGCUUGUACAACAGACAACACUGUAAACAGUUCUCUGAGUGAACCUUUAUAUGUUCCUGUAAAGUUUCAUGAUUUGCCAACUGAAAAAAAUGGCAGUAAUAAUAGUGAUGCAGAGAAAACUCUCAAAAAGCCUCGUGUAAGGUUCAGUAAUAUUAUGGAGAUCCGACAGCUCCCAUCAAGCCAUGCCUUGGAAGCAAAGUUGUCUCGUAUGUCAUACCCAACGAUUAAGGAGCAGGAAUCACUAUUAAAAACUGUAGGAAAACUCACUGCAACUCAAGUAGCAAAAAUUAGCUUUUUCUUUUGCUUUGUGUGGUUCUUGGCAAAUUUCUCUUACCAAGAAGCUCUGUCAGAUACCCAGGUUGCCAUAGUUAAUAUCUUGUCUUCAACCUCUGGGCUUUUUACUUUAAUCUUAGCUGCAGUCUUUCCCAGUAACAGUGGAGAUAGGUUUACCCUGUCCAAAUUACUAGCUGUCAUUUUAAGCAUUGGUGGUGUGGUACUUGUUAACCUUUCUGGAUCAGAGAAAUCUACUGGAAAAGAUACAAUAGGUUCCCUUUGGUCUCUUGUAGGAGCAAUGCUGUAUGCUGUGUACAUAGUAAUGAUAAAAAGGAAAGUAGAUAGAGAAGAUAAACUUGACAUACCAAUGUUCUUUGGUUUUGUAGGGCUGUUUAAUCUGUUGCUGCUGUGGCCAGGGUUUUUCCUGCUUCACUAUACGGGGUUUGAAGCAUUUGAGUUUCCCAAUAAACUGAUAUGGAUGUGCAUUGUCAUUAAUGGCCUUAUUGGAACAGUUCUGUCAGAGUUCCUCUGGCUGUGGGGCUGCUUUCUUACCUCAUCACUGAUAGGCACACUGGCACUAAGCCUUACAAUACCUCUGUCCAUAAUAGCUGACAUGUGCAUGCAAAAGGUGCAGUUUUCCUGGUUAUUUUUUGCAGGGGCAGUCCCUGUAUUUUUUUCCUUUUUCAUUGCAACUCUCUUAUGUCAUUACAACAACUGGGAUCCAGUGAUGGUGGGAAUCAGAAGAAUUUUUGCCUUUAUUUGUAGAAAACAUCGCAUUCAGAGAAUGCCAGAAGAAAGUGAGCAGUGUGAAAGUCUCAUUCCUAUGCAUGGUGUUUCACAAGAUGGAGACAGCUGUUCAUAGAUAAAAGUUAUGCUUAAUAAACUUCAAGCAACAUGGAGAAAGUUAUAGAAUGGAAUGAUGCCCAGCGAAGAGACAAUCUUCUGGAAAAGUCCCUAAGGAAUCAUGUUUCAGUGCCUAUUCUGAAUUUGUAGAAAAAUUAAGAAGUUUCAGUUCUUUUGAAACUCUAAACUCUUUCUUGCUUUCAUCUGGUUUUAUAAAUGAACAAAUUUGCUACAUGCCUAUCACCAUAGGGAGUCUUAUUCCAUAUGAACAACCAGCCUGCCUUAUAACACUGAGCUGAUGAAGUUACUUGACAAAAUCAAGAAAACAAAUGCUGUUAAAUGAUUUCUUUCUGUUUUUUUAAAUCACAAUUUUGUUAAAUGCUGGACAAUAUUUUUUAAAAAAUACUUUCAAAUGAGUUAUGUAAAUAAGCUUGCAGAUCAUCAAGUCUUAGAGGCUUUCAGAUGAAAAGGUAAAUAGAUAUGUUACCUGUAGUAGGUACAAAUUAACUUUUUUAUGUUGUAUAAACUAUUUGCAUAUUAAUAGAAGAAAAUAGAAAAAUAAUUUAUUAAGUGAAUUCUUGUAAUUAUUGAGGCAGGAUCUUUUUACAGUCCUGGAACACUACAUAUAUAUUGUCUUAUCGAAUUUUGAGAAACCUUGUAAUGGCAAUGGGUGCCGGUGUUUAAAAAAUUUUGUUACCUAACAAUCUGGACUGUUUAAAAUCUUAGUGACUGGUAAAAUAUUUCUAAUUGCAGUACAUUUGGGUGUAUAUUCUCAAAAUCUGUGGUUGUUUUAAUGAGACUGAUUCUGUAACCUGUUCUUAUUCCAGAUUAUGUCAGAUGUGAAAAAAAGAAAGUUUUCAGUCAGUGGGUUGGCACUGCAAUAAUCUGCUAAACAAUCUGAAAGCUAAAGGUGUUUGCAUAGAUUUUUUUUUUUUCCAGUUGCAUUAAUGUAUUUAUUCUAAAAUUGUUAAAUUUCCUUGCAACCUUGAUCUUCCAUCCACUGCAGCGCUUAUCUAUUUGAUUCUGAAAAGUUAUGAGUAAUUAUAUUGAGGAGUAUUUGAAACUAGUCAGUGCUAUUUUUCACCUUCUGGCCUAUAAGACACUUACAUAGUUAAGUUUGGCUUUUGAUGGAUUUUAUUUUUUAAUAAUGAAUAUAAGACAGAUUUUCAGAUGAGAUUCUCUUCCUAUAAGAAGAUUAUUAAUAAUGUAGGCUGCCUCUACUAUCCUUCCACACAAAUACAGAGAGAUGACAAAACACAAAUGCCUUUUCAUGUUUUGACACUCAGUAAUGAACCUUCCAAAAGAAUUUUGUAGUUUGGGGAUACAGCUACUAGAUAAGAGGAGAUGCAGGAAAGCAACAUGCCUAACUAUAUAUUUAGAAGGAUUGAUUAGGCAGCAGCUAGAAUGUAAUGUAGAAGUCUGUAGUAGAGAAGAAAAAGAGAACCGGGGGACUUUUCUGGUCAAAUAUUGUACCUUGAUCAAUUAAGCCUUCCAAUUUGUAAUACUGGAUUACACUACAAGUUUUAGUGAUAUAAGGCAUCUCCCUAAGAUGAGAUAGUAAGUCCUUUGGACACCUGAAAUAGGAAUUUUAAAAAACCAAACAAAUACAACAAAGCCACAAAUCUAAAGCAAACAAAAAACCCCUCACUGCCUUUUGAGAAACUUCUCAUUUAAUUCCCAAACCUGACAAGUAAAGGGGUUGAAAAUGCAGUAUGUAGAAAUAAUUUUACAUUUGACUUUGAUAGAAUUUUCAGUUAUUUCUUUGGUAAGUAGAGAUUCCUUAGUUGGUGUUGAUUUAAACGUUAUUUUUUUUUCUAAAUUAUGACAGAGGAUGUUAGGGUCAGCUUUUUUCCAAGAAGUAAUAUUAAGGCUUACUGGCAAUAAAAAGCUGAGGUCUGUUUUCAAUUAAUUAUAUGUUUCAGUGAGCUCAUACUAAAUAUAUAGAAUACCAGGCAUUAAUUACAAAUUUGAAUCAGUUGAGACUUGUGGCCUAGGAAGACUGAGUUUGCUUUCAGGUGGGAAUUACAGUAUUUUUAGCAAAAUAAUCCAAUACCUUAAAUUAGUCGUACGGGUAGAAUAUGAGCUCUAAUGUAUAAUGGGCAGUUGCUCUUUGUGUGUUCUUGUGUUUGUGGCUUAAAGUAAAAAGAUCAUCAGUCUCCCGUAUAGGUGACUUUUGUUAAAUUACUCAUUAGUUUGAGAGGUUAAAAAAAUAAGAGCUAGGAUCAUAUUAUUCUGUCUCUGACACCAGGAACGUGGAACAUUUUGUUGAGUACACUCAAAGGUAGGGCCUUCCCACUGUUUUUGUUUCUAACAAAAAUGUGUUAAUAAUCUUUUUUGUGUUUAAAGAUACUUAAAUAUUUUAAUCUGCUGGCACUAGGUAGCUUGAGCAGUCUUUUUGCACUAAAGUACAGUAUUCUAAAAAUAAACAAAGCAAACUGUCCUUCUGGAAGUGAUUUUUAAACAGCGGUGCCCCUUGUAGUUACAAGAAAUGUGUUAGUUCUAAUUACAGAAGCUAUGACAUGUAACAUUGUUCCUGCAUUUAAUAGAAUGUGAUGAAGUUUUUUUCUAUAAAAUCUUGUGAUUUUUAGUACAAUAAUAUUUUAUAAUGUCGGAUUUGAAAUGUAAAUUGUGUAGCUCUCUAAUGGGUGCUUGGUAAAUGCACAAGAGGUUUAGCUUUGAUUCUCAGGUACCUCUGAAGUAAUGGAGACAUGCUGGGUUUUUUUUCUUCCUCAUGACACAACUGGAAUGUGAAGAACCUCUCUCAUAAACGCUCUACCCUCUGUGUGCUAGCAUAAAUUGUCUUUGCUCUUACAGUUUCAAUUUGGGAAUGUCUGUAUCCUGAUUUAUUUCUUCUAGGAAGCACACACACUUAAAAAGAAUGAAAUUUUUAUCUCAAGCAUUUCUUUGAAUGUCAUUAGAUGCUUAAAGAACAGUUAUUUUCCAUGCCUACAAAAUGGAAAAUGAAUACUACAUGAGUUGCUCUGUCAAACAGUUGAACUAAUUCCUGUAAUCCUAGGAGACAACCAACAAUUUCUUCUGUGUGUGAUUGAGGUUUUUGAGCUGUUUGUAUUUCAUAUUUGGAGGAAAUUAUGAUAAUUUGCCAAACACCAUGUAAGUAUGCCUUUGCUUUUAGGGUUUUGGCAAGUCUUGCAUAGUUAGAGGUACUAUGUACUGCAUUCCAGAACAACGGGGUAGAAAGGAUUCUAGUUUUUCUAGCUACUUUUGGUUAGGUCUCAGUCAUGCUGAAAAUGUGCUUACUACAGGGGGCUGCAGUAGAUGUAAUAGGAAUUCAGCAAAGGACUGAAAUACAGGCAACAUCAGUACUGAAGAAUUAUUUGGAAAUUAUGGGGCACAUGAGUGCCACUGAAGAUACUGAUGGCCCGAUGUUUCUGUUGUCCAGUGUGCACUGCAUUUUGCUUGUUGGCUUUUUGCCUGUGGAAAUCCAUAUAGAGGGGUAGGAGCUAUAGUAUGUGACUGAUUUGGCUUGUCAUGGAGUUAGGCUGGAGUGGCCUGCACACUGAAACUUGGAAGCAGGGAGGCCAAGGUACUGCCUGGUCAUCUCAAUGUGGUGGUACAACUGCUAACACCAUUUUGUGGAAAUACAGUGUUAAGCAGGGAUGUUCUUGAAAUGACAAACCAUGGAUACCUGACCUGAUGUGCUGGUGUAUGCAUUGCAUACGUCCUUGUAAUGUGCUAGUAACACAGGAGAGUCUGCAAAUUACUGUUUUUCUUGUGAGCUGUUGUAAUUGUCAUUCUCUUUCAUGAUCCCGUUCUGCCUAGGUACUGCUGUUGACAACUAUGAUUGCUUUAAAUAUGGUGUUAAAACCAUUUCUUUGUUCCCAUCUCUGUCUUGAAUUCCUGUUACCUACAAAGAUCCUGCUGUCUUGGGGAUAUUAAGUUACCAAGCUAAACUAAGCUAUGGGAAGAGAGGGGAAACCAGUUAAAUUUUAGAUGUAGGGUGAGUUUAUGGACACACUUCCAAAUUCCAUAUGAAAAUUUGCCUCAGUAAGGCACAAUGUUUGUGUGCCUGUGAAGGAAGUUAAGAAGAGGCAUACUCAAGAAUGAAGAAACAAACUAAUGCUCAUAUCACAAUGGUGAGUUAUAUGGCUAACUACAGGAUGGUACUUUUCAUCAGUUUUAUUUAUUUGGGAUUAAGUUUUGAGUUAGUUGCCAUUUCUUUUAUGACUGCCUUAUGUAGUGUCUGCAAUGCAAUAGUUAGAACUGCAGUAGCAUUUAAGUGUUUCCUCAUAAACAGUCAUUAUACAUGACUUUUUGUUUUUGUCUAGUCCAGAAUUGCAUUAAUGCUGUAUUUACAUGGUUAUUGCAGGGUAUGAUUUCUCAGGGAAAUAUGGAUGAUACCAUGUGUUGUGAGAGCUGAUAACUAAUUCCUGUUUUUAAUAUGGUUAUAAACACUUUUAAGGUUUCACUCAAACAUUUCACAUCACUUUAACUUUCAUGAUGAACUUCCUUAGGCUUAUCAGGUAAAAUAAUGAUGAGAAAAUUGAUAACCUUUAGAGGUGUUGAUAAAAUGCAGUCUGCCCAACACUUUGUUAAUUUUUGGACAAACAUCCAUUCUAAACUGAUGCUGCAAUUGAUGUGUGGUUUCCUAGUUUACUGUACUAUGCGCCAUAUAGAAUAAUAGUUGCACUGCUGAUUUGUGAAGCUGCACUUAUGGCAUGGCAGUGACAUGAUAGCAUUGCCUAACCCUAAAAAUUAGUAAGUAAUACAUAAUCUGAUUCUGGGGUAGAGUACCAGUGUAAAUCUUCUGACACAAAUAUAUUAAUUUCUGUCAUCAAAAUUUUAUAGUCUUUUCGCUUUGGGGAUUUUUCAUUUGUUUUUCCAGUGAAGUUACUGUGGCUAGAAUGGGAUUUGAUCCAAAGCCCACCAGAGUCAUAAUAGACAGCAUUAAUAAAAGAAAACUUCAUUGAAAAGAAACUCUGCAGUUAGGGUGACCUUCAUGCCUUCGCAGUAUUUCUGUCUGCAGGAUACACUUGGAGUUAUUUGCUUUAAGACUUCAGAAAUACAUAUUUGAGGGAUUUUCGUGCUGGUAAAAAUGGUAAACAUGCUACUGUAACUAUUUCCACAUUGCCAACAUGCAGCUUAAUUAUUUAAAAGGCAAAUUUAUCUUGUUACAUUAAUUUUCUUUAAAAUCCAGCUGUAUAAAAAAAAAUUGAUCAGUUGCAUACUUGGAUAAUUCUAGGAUCAUUUUUUUGUUGAUGAGAACAUGUCAUCGUAGGGAUCAUAACCUUGAGGAUAACUUUCUCUUGAUGAUUUCUGAUUUGACAUUUCCACUUACAUACACUUCUCAAAGAAUCCAGCAGGGCAUUUCUUCUCUAGGUAAAGCUACUGUAAUUGUAUUUUACCUGCCCUAGUUCUCUAUAUUUUUAGAAAUCUAACAUAUAAGUGUGACUCUGCUUAGUUACCUGUGUUCUCACACUCCUCUGAGUGAAAGUAUUGCAUCAUUACAUCUGGUAUUGGUAGGUAACCAGACUUUUUCUGGAAUGCCUGCUGUGAUGUGGAAUCCAUCCAGAAUUUCCUCUGUUUUUCACUUCCUACUUUUAAAAAGCAUAAAAGGCUUUUCUCUGAGAAUUUUUGUAGAAAUCAGCUGCUUAGUUAUAAAAGUGCAGAGUUCUUUAACUGCAUCUCAGUUUGUAAGUUUGCAUCCAGUGUUAUUUUUUUAAUGAACUUUUGACUGAUGUGUCAGGGAAGGUGCACAAAAUGUAUGUUCCACAGACAAAAUGUGAUGAUGCUGGAAUUGCCUCAGAAAUAGUAAUACAGGGAUGUUUCUAUAGUUCUUCAUGAAUGUUCCUGAAGUUGUCCCACAGUGCAAAAAAAACCCCCAACAUCCGAACAAAAAACAAAACCCCAUACCUGUCAAACUGAGGGGAUGUAGCUAUUUAAUAUAGAGCUAACUUUAUAAUAUGCAAAUUACUGUAUUUUAAUUAGAGAUGUCCUUCAAUGUAUUGCUGUUAUUGCUAGCUGACAAGUCUUUUCUUCCUUGUCUGUGUUACAGUUGACGCUUCUAUCUAAAUCUGACCUUUUGCAUGCCACUUAAACUAGUUCCUCUUACAAUGAGUAACUUCUAAAAUAUUUUUAGAAUCUCCUUUUUUUUCUCUCCCCUUCCUGCUGUUCCCCUAGCUAAGGCUUUUCAGCCAAACAUUAUCCCUUUCCCAAUGGAGAAGAAUAAAAAAGUUCUGAAAAUAAAAUACAAACAAAAAUCUUAAUUGAAAAUAAGGUUAUGGGGCAGCAUCUGGGAUCAGCUGAAAAAUCAUGAGGGUUUUCACGUACAGGAAGUUGUUUAGCCAGUAGUGUACUGGAUUGAUCUCUCUGGUUGAUCUUGGUUUAAUAUAGAAAGUAGAUGUUUUAAGUAACAAUUUCAUGUUGAAGCUGAAUGCCUAAAUUAAAUUGAAAAAAAAAAAUAAAUGGAAAACUAUAUUUGGAGAGUGUACAUACUGAGGAGUAUUUUGGAGCUUUUAUGGUUUUGAGUUGGUUUUUCUUGUGAAGUGUAACCAAGUCCCACAUAGAACCCCAUUACAAAUGAGUGUUCUGUCAAUUGAAAAUUAUGACAGGCUGUUCACACAAAGCUAUAUUGAGAGCUUAACCAAUUGUUUAAGUUGACAUCUGAAUGGAAUUAGAGAAGUGUAAUAGGAGUGUGCAAUCCAACUUCAGCAUUGUAUAGCUGAAGGGGUCCUGGUAAUGAUUUAAAAUGUGUCUAAGUUCACUUUGAAGUGGGUAUUAGUAAAACAAAAUUGUUUAUGAAAUCUUUUCUUAGUUGUUUAUACUGAUUGGUUUGUGAAAAACUUUUGUGCAUUAAAUGCUGCACAAAAUCAAUAGCAGUUUUGAUUGUCCUUGUGGCAUUAUGCUUUGUACUAAGUUUCAGUGAGUUCUGAGUGACGGUUUUAAAGGAGAAGCUGUUUUAACUGAAGAACUUUCAAUGGAAGAAAAUGCAUUUACAUGAAGUCUUCACGGUUUGCUGAUAACUCAGAUGUGCUGAGAGCACAGCUGGUUACAGGGAUACCUCUACAAAACACUGUUGAACAUCAUCUUUUAACCAGUUCCUUAGUUGAACUAGAACCAGAAUUGCUGAUGUGUAUUGCAUUUGCACUUAAAUACCUGAUUUCAGAGUGUGUUAAACCUUGAUCUAUUUUUGAUAAAAAAGAAAUGUAGCAUUUUUAUUCUAUUUCCAUUUAAUGAUAAGUAUGUUCAUGCAGAGAAGAAUAUAUAACCGUGGCUUGAUGCAGUGAUUUUAAGCCAAGAAAACAGAAGAAUGGCAGUAGUAAAUGUGAAGAUUCGUAUCUCUUCAGAAACUCUGGCUUUUGGUUUCUUCUUUCCCUCUUUAUACCAAGUUGGUGUCUCCAUUAUUCCAGAAUUACACAGGUGAAGCAAGGACCAGAACUUAGACCAUUUGUUUUUUGAAAAUUAACAUUGGCUUUUGCCUAGUGUGUCUUUGUCCUGUCACUUCAUUUACUGAGGGGGGCCAGUUAAAUGAGAAAUACAGAUUAAGUAUUUUUAAUUAAAAUCAGUUUUAAGCUAUUAAUUAUUUUUAAAUUCUCUAUAUUAAUAGAGAUCUAAUGAAUUGAAAUUAAAGGCCUAUAUUGCAAAUAUUGAACAGUGCUUAUAUAUUUUUAGCAAAAGCAGUAUAUAUAUGAAUAUUUGAAAUGUGUAAUGGUGAAAACUGGGGGAUUGUUCUUGUGUUAAUACAUUUAUAAAUUGAAAUUCUUAAGAUCCAACACCAAAACCCUAUAAAAGGGCUAAUGAGAAGAAAAUACAAUGUAUUCUGAGGAACAGCCUGUGUAAUGCAAUCAAUGGGUGUGCUGUUUUUCUUCUGUAUUAUAUUUAUUUUAUGUAAGUAAACAAUAAAGAUUAUAAAUCUUU